UCCCCUACCCUUGAUACACACACCCACACAUCCCUCUAGCGGACAGCCGCGAGAGACCCCGGAGCGGCCGGGAGCUACCUGGCUGGGGGCGACGGAGGGCGGGGUGGGAAGAGAAAAGGAAACUGAGCAGGAACCCUGACUCCCCUCCUUCAGCAUGUUCACUAUGAAGUUAUUGCCGAUAUUUUUGUUUUCUGGACUUAUAACUGGUUGUAGAGGGAACUCUUCCUGUACUUUGCCACCCAAGUUACUACUGGUAUCCUUUGAUGGCUUCAGAGCUGACUAUCUACACAGCUAUGAAUUUCCUCAUCUCCAGAAUUUUAUCAAAGAAGGUGUCUUGGUAGAGCAGGUUAAAAAUGUCUUUAUCACAAAAACAUUUCCAAACCACUACAGCAUCGUGACAGGCCUGUAUGAAGAAAGCCAUGGCAUUGUGGCUAAUUCCAUGUAUGAUGUCAUCACAAAGAAACAUUUUUCUGACAUUAAUGACAAGGAUCCUUUUUGGUGGAAUGAGGCAGUCCCUAUUUGGGUGACCAAUCAGCUUCAGGAAAACAGAUCAAGUGCUGCUGCUAUGUGGCCUGGUACCGACGUGCCCAUUCACAACACCACACCUUCCUAUUUCAUGAAUUACAACCCCUCGGUGUCAUUUGAGGAGAGACUCAGUAAUGUCUCCACGUGGCUGAGCAAUUCGAACCCACCCGUCACCUUUGCAACACUCUAUUGGGAAGAGCCAGACGCAAGUGGCCACAAAUAUGGCCCUGAAGAUAAAGAAAACAUGCGCCAAGUUUUGAAACAAAUAGAUGACCACAUCGGUGAGCUAGUUCACAAACUCAAGGUGUUAGGACUGUGGGAAGAUCUUAAUGUGAUCAUUACAAGUGAUCAUGGGAUGACCCAGUGUUCUAAGGACAGGCUGAUAAACUUGGAUGACUGCAUCGACCCCUCAGACUACACUCUUAUAGACUUGACCCCAGUUGCUGCAAUACUUCCCAAAAUAAACAGAACAAAGGUUUAUAACAAACUGAAAAUCUGUGACCCUCACAUGAAUGUUUAUCUCAAAGAAGACAUUCCUGCCAGGUUUCAUUACCAACGUAAUGAUCGAAUUCAACCUAUUAUUUUGGUUGCUGAUGAAGGCUGGACAAUUGUGUUAAAUAAAUCAUCACCAAAAUUAGGUGACCAUGGUUAUGAUAAUUCUUUGCCUAGUAUGAACCCAUUUCUAGCGGCCCACGGUCCUGCAUUUCACAAAGGCUACCAACACAGCACCAUUAACAUUGUGGAUAUUUACCCAAUGAUGUGCUACAUCCUGGGAUUAAAGCCACAUCCCAAUAAUGGAACCUUUGGUCAUACUAAGUGUUUGUUAGUGGACCAGUGGUGCAUUAAUCUCCCAGAAGCCAUAGGAAUUGUUAUUGGUGCACUCUUGGUCUUAACCACUCUGACCUGCCUCAUCAUAAUCAUGCAGAAUAGACUCUCUGGACCCCGGCCAUUUUCCCGACUUCAGCUACAAGAUGAUGAUGAUGAUGAUCCUUUAAUUGGGUGACAUGUGCUGGGGUUUAUACAAAGUGGCUGUGAUUAGGACACACACCCAGGGAAUGGUGUUAUAACUAUGAAAAAGUAUACUUUGAAAGACAAAGAUCUUAGACCAAGCAUGCUACAAUUAAUUUGGUUUUUCCUUGUGUUUUGUUUUGCGGCAUUAGCUAAUACAAAAAACUCUGACCCUAGAAAAAAUUGCUAGUAGAUCAUUAGUUAACACCAACUGUUUACCUAACUAGAAAGGUUUUUUUU